AAAACACAUCAAUGUCUGACUGAUAAGAAACUGAAAUGCUGCUUUUUCAACUUACAUUUAGCUUGUGGCUUACUAACGGUCCUGCAGUGGUAGAUUCUCAGAAGCAAGGGCUUGAUAAACUUCGUUUUAAAAAUGGUAACAACCCAUGUUCUGGAAGAUUGGAGGUAUUUUAUAAUGGUCUGUGGGGACUUGUUUUCCAGAGUAAAUGGAGCCAAAAAAACAGUGAAGUUGUCUGUAGACAGCUGAGAUGUGGUAGUGAAGUAACAACACAGUUUGGUCUCAACUUUGAUUCUGAAUUGCCAAAUAACAUCUUUGAAUCGGAUGUCAACUGCAAUGGUGAUGAAGAAUCCCUUUCCAAAUGCAGAAAUAAUAACUGGAAAAUCAAAACAAAUAGUCCCAUCUUUAAUCAUGUUAACAUAAAGUGCUCAGAACAAGUGUCCUUAAGUCUUUCUGGUGGUGAUCAUCCCUGUGAAGGACGAGUGGAGAUUACAUACAAAGAGAAGAAAGGAAUCAUUUGUGACAAAAAUUGGGAUAUAAAUGAAGCAAAUAUUGUAUGUAAGGAAUUGCAGUGUGGAACUGCAGUAAAUGCAUACAUAGAUGGAGAAUAUGGCAAAGGUCCAAAUGAGAUUUGGAUUAAUACAUUAAACUGCAGUGGAAAUGAAGAUUUUAUUUGGCACUGUGGCAAAAAAACACCGGAACAAUGUCAGUCUAAUUAUGCCAGUGUGGUUUGCAAUGGCAUUACGAAGGUGAUAUUGGAUGGGGAUAACUCAGACUGUACUGGAACAUUAAAAGUGUUGGAAAAUGGUAAAUGGAAGCCAUUGCCUGCUAACUAUACCUUUAAAGAUCAUACUACUAAUUGUUCACAGAAGAAAUGUGAGUUUGUAAGUGUUAUGAAGAACAGCAGCUUGGAGUCUGUCAAUCUUACAUGCUCAGAAAAAUUGAAAGUGUCUUUAAGGAAUGAACGGGACACUACCAAGGAGUGCUAUGGCACAGUUUAUGCAUCAAUCAAUCAUACAAUGAUGCCAGUUUGUUCCAACAAAUGGGACAAACUUGAUGCACAAGUUGUUUGUAAGGAGCUUGACUGUGGCACGGUUAUUUCUUUUGGCCCAGCCCUAGGAGUGGAACAUGGAAUACGUGACUACUUUCACUGCACUGGCAAUGAGUCAGGUCUGUGGGAGUGUGGUUCUCAGCCUCCACCUGAAGAGCUUUGCAGACCAGCCACCGUGGUGUGCAACGAAAGUGUGAAGUUACGCUUUGCUAAAGGAGAUGCCUGGACAUGUGCUGGAAGGAUAGAGGUGUCUGUGAAGGGUAACUGGGAAUCAGUAUGUAGCGAUAAGCUUAACCAUAAUGAGCUGUGCAAAAAACUGGAAUGUGGCAAUAAAAUUAAAAAAAAGGAUGUGUUCGGAAAGGGUGCAAGAACAAAUCAGGAUAUCUGUACCUUUAUGUCAGAGCUGUGUGAAGAAAACAAGAAGAUGACGUGCAAUAGCAAUGAAGACAUUGGCAUCAUUUGUGAAAAGCACAAGAGGCUACAACUGUCUGAAGGCAACAACUCUUGCUCUGGCCUUGUUGAGAUCUUUCAGGAUGACACAUGGAAAAGACUGAGAGGAGAUCUCUGGGACCUGUCAGCUGCCACAGCUGUAUGUCAGCAGCUGCAAUGUGGAACAGCCCUGAGUAUAGAAAGAAAGGAAGAAAAUAGCACAGUGCCAUUCUGGGAUGAGACCUUCAGAUGUACUUCUAAUGAAAAAUCUUUAUUUGAUUGUCAAGUAAUACAAAAUCAUCUUAAACAAAAUAUGUCAGCUUCAGUGACAUGUUCAGAUACAGUGUCAGUGAGACUUGAUGGAAAAAUGAGUAACUGCUUAGGAUAUGUGGAGGUGUGCUUUGGAUCAACUUGUCACCCUCUUUGUUCAGACAGCUGGAGUAUAGCAGAAAGUCAAGUGAUAUGUCGAGAACUGAAAUGUGGUAAUCCAGUAGAGGUGAACACAUACACAGAAACUGCCCAAAAUGGGCAAUCUUUAAAAUCUGUCCACUGUAACGGUGAUGAGAAGUUUUUUGGUCAUUGUCUCUUUAUGGAUAAUGCUACAGAAUGCCAAAAAAAGAAUAAGGCAUAUGUAGUUUGCACAGAGAGUGUGAAGCCUCGAUUGGUGGAUGGUGAACACCGAUGUUCUGGAAGAGUGGAAAUCUUUUACGCUGGAACCUGGCAGUCAGUGUGUAGCAGUAAAUCCUUUAAUACACAGUUCGGAAAUGCAUUAUGCAAGCAGUUAAGAUGUGGUGAAUAUGAUCAAAGUUUUACUUACGUCACCAAAAAAGAAAAAAAUGCAUUACAAGUUAAAAAAGAGUGUGCUGGAGACGUUAAAACACUCUCUGACUGUUUACAGAUGAGCCAGCAGUCCUGUGGUGCCUACGCUCUUGGUCUACAGUGUUCUGAAAAUAUGGACAUAAUUCUUCAGGACUCAAGUGGCAAAAACCCCUGCUCUGGAAGAGUGAUGAUAAGGUAUCAAAAAAGACUGAAGCCAGUGGUCAGCAUGGGAUGGAACAUAUCAGAAGCAACAGUUCUUUGCCGACAGCUGCAUUGUGGAAAGCUAUUAGAUGUGAAAGAGGAAACUGGAAACUUUCACAAUUAUAAAAACUGGAUGGAAUUUCAGUUUAAAUGUAAUGGCAAUGAAAGCAGUAUCUGGGAUUGCCAAACUUAUACUCAGAAUCUCAUCAUUAACACACCUGUCCAUGUGACUUGUACAGACGAAGUCAACAUAUCACUAAAAGAUGAAUACAAUGAAGACAGUUGCUCAGGCUUUCUCCACAUUACCAAAAAUGGUACUCAGGUCAGACUGAGGGGUGAAGGCCUACAAGAACAAGAGGCAAAUGUGUUAUGCAAAGAAAUGAAUUGUGGAUCAGUUCUCACACUGAAAACUAGCAAUUUACCAAUGCCAGUUCAUUCAGACCAAGAGGAAAUGGUUAUGGACCAUAUUAAGUGUUUAAACAAUGAAUAUAAGUUGUGGCAGUGUGGCAAAAUUUUAUCUGGAAACGUUAGUCGUAACAUGCCAACAAUGGAAACCAUGGUUGUGUGCGAAGAGGGAUUUGAUGUAGACCUUUCAUAUUGUGGAGGCAAGCUGAUAAUACAUGGACACCCAAAUGGUGUGUGUCCUGAAGGGUUUACAAAGAAUGAAGGUGAUAAGGUGUGCCAGAAACUACAUUGUGGAAAUAUGAAGUCCUUCAGUACAGAAGAUGCUUCUCCUCAAGAAAAACCACAAGUACUUCUAAACUGUAAUCAUGAAAAGGAACUCCCAAAGUGCCUUAAACGCAAGGAAUGCCCUAAGAAUAAAUAUAUUACACUGUUCUGCACAGAUUACUUAAGUCCAAACUCGGGAGUACCAGUGCUACUUACUACAGCUUUGUCGAUUGGCCCCAUCCUGCUUCUUGCAGGCAUUGUACUCUUUGUGCUUUGGCUAAGGAGACGUAGAAAGCAAAAACAACCAGAAAAUACAAAUAAAAGGUUUUCAAUACAAAAUGGCAGUUUAUCUGACUAUGAAGAUAUUGAAGAUGGCUUUCCUGAUGAACUUCCUAUGGUACGGCAUGGGUUAGAGAAUCAGCCAGAUUUAACAGAGAAAGAGAAACUUGAAAAAUCAAGCCUCAGUGCCAACAGCUCAUACUUGUUGUUUGACACUGACGGGGAAAUGGAGAAGAGAGUGGAACAGAAGGAUACUGCAAAGGGGUCUCAGGAUGAUAUUGCUAUGAAGGAGACAGCUUUUGACCAGGAAACACAGUUAGAUGAGGAUGGUGACAACCAGAUGUCUUUGGAGUUGCAGUUACAGGAUGAUUAUGAUGAUGUGGACUGCAUCAACAUUUCAGAGCAAAACCGUUCCUCACCACAGUUGAUUGAAGGAAAUGAAGAAGGGGAGCAAUAAAUGCAGCCAAAUUACAGGCAAAAAGAAGAUCAAGGUGGGAAUCAAAUGGCUCUUCUUAAUGUCUAGCAGUUGAGCCAAAUAAAACAUUGAAAGGCAACAGAAAACCAGCUGAACACAGAGAUACUGGAUGAAUACAAGCAGAAAAUGUUGAGCUAUGCAAAUAUGUGAAAUUUAUUGCACCAUACUAUAGUCAAUUUGGCUUAUUCCAUUUCACUGUAAAAUAUACAAUAUACUGUAUAUAUAAAAUAUUUUAAGAGGAAUAGCUUUUUUUAUAAAAGUUAACCAUUUUUUUGACGUAUAAUGUCUUUGUGAAACUCAUCAAAUAUAACAAUCUGGCUGUCAUCUUUUAAAUAAUAUUUAUAUACAAUAGAUGCUUUUGAAUUUUUACAGUAUCUGAGUUCAACAUGAGAGACUGAAUGUGUAGCACCACAACAAUUUCACUCUGUGAAUCAGAAAACAUUUAUAUUAUACACCUAUAGCAAUAUAGCUUUGAGUGUAACUUGAAGCAAAUUUGAUUGUAUUUGUUAAAGCUUAUAAAAUACCAAGCACAGUGGGCUUGCUUUUUUAAGUUGGUUUUUGAAUAAUUUCAAAUCAGGAUGCAAUAAAUUGCCAUUGUAUAAAAGUCCAAAAUCUGCAUCAAAAUCUACACCCAUUUCUUCAGCCUUGCCUUCCCUGUUCAACAAGAUGUUGACCAUAAGGCUUACUAUAUCAUCAUCCUGCCUUUGUCUAAACCUCUCACUUUGAUUUGUCUCAAAACAAUCACAUUGAAAAGGUUGUGAUAUAGUAUAUGAAUAUUUUGACUUUCAUUCACAACUUGUUCACUGAGUCACUUGAGACUGAGUUAAUUUGGUUUUCCGCAGCAGAAUCUUCUUACUUUUGGUUAGUAUUUUAACCUUUCUACAGUUUUCUGUCUCACCGUUAUGAAUUUUGACCAGUGCAUAUUUGAAUGCUGGUUACCAUUUUAUUCACGUUUGCUUAAUUUAGUUAUUCAUCUGCUUUUGUUUAUGUUUUUCUGUCUUUCAUUUUUUUUCAAGUUUCACAUUUUUAAUUCUUGAUGACAAUGACUCCAUGCUCUUUAGCUGUUGGAAUCAUAUCGACAGAGUUUCUUUUUAACUUUAUUGCCCUUUUGAAAGAUUGAGAUGAAUCCAUAGUUUCAGGAAAAAAUCUCCACAGUCUGGAAAGGAACUGUAGACCAUGACUGGAGACUAUCAAUUUUUUUAGGCCAUACAUAUCAAAUAGAUAGUCAUAAAUUCCUUGUCCAAAGAAAAUAUUUUAGGGGCACAAAGUCUUUGAAAAACAGUUAACAAUUACUAUAAUACUGGUGGUAACCAUGUGAAAGAACCAAGGCCUAUUAGGUGAAGGAAUGGCUGUAAUAGCCCUAACAGACAACGAGAGGCUGGUUUAAUCUACUACAGAUUUAAGAAGCACACAGGUAGUUUCAAUUUCACUGGACAAACUGUAUUAGUCUACUAAAAUGACUCUUAAUAAACUCUUGAGUAUGUGAGAUACCUGGAUGAUCAAGGUAUAAAGAGUCAUGGCCCAAAAAUAGUACUUACGUUUUACAGUCCCCUGGGACAAAUAUAACUCCUCGGGGUUUAUACUCAAAGACAGUAGUUUGUGAGGUUUCACAGACAUAUGGUUCUUUGAGAGUUUCUGAUUUCUCAGUCAUAUUAAUGCCUAAAAAUUUAUUUUCAGAAGAAUAAAUUGCUGUUCUCAGCCUGGUUCAUCAAACUGUUGUGAAAGGACAUCUGUCUUUAGAUUUUUGUCUUUUUCUCUAUAAGAAAUUAUAAAAUUAAACUACAAACGUAUGCCCCCUAGCCCUAUAUUUGAAGCAUCUACUUCUACAAUAAAUGGUAAAGACACAUCUCGAUGUUUAAGAACAGGGGCUGUGGUAAAUGCUUCUUUUCAGCUUUUCGAAUGCUAUUUAAGAAUAUUUUUUCCAACAGAAUCUGAAUGUAAUUUUUGUAAAAAAUCACUAAAAUGCUUAAUUACAAUUUUUGGUAAUAAUUUGUGAAUCCUAUGACUCUCUUAACCUAUUUGACUAAGACAGACACCUUGCAUUGCAUGAUUGUUUUAAUUUUAGAAUUGUCCAUACUUAACCCAAAAUGAGAAAUUUGGUAUCCCAGGAAAAGGACACAGUAUUUAUGAAAUUUGCAUUUCCAUAAUUUUGCAAACAACUCAUUCUCACCAAGAUGAUUAAAGUACCUCCAGAAUGUUUAAAAUGUAGGUUUCCAAAAACCUUUUAAAAAAUUGAGAUAACAUCAAUUUACACUAAAACAUUAAUAUUCACUAGAUUAAGGAUAAUACCUGUCAUGAAAUCUUGAAAAGCUGUGGGAGCAUUAAUCAAUCCAUAAGUCAUUCCGAAGUUAGUCUCACUGAGCCAGAUGUAUAAUGCAUAAAACUGGGUGGGAAUAAUUAGACUUCUCAUUGAGGGUCACAUUUCUAAACCAAUCCAAUGCUUCAUGAAGGCAGUGUUCGAAGUAAGGUGGUGAUUUUGAACUGCAACGAUCAGAGGUGCUCUUGUUAACUUUGUCCAACAGAGAGCAAGCUUCUGAUUAUGAUAAACUGUCUAACAACUCUCCUACAAAGACCCCUAUUAAACAUAUAAAUGUGUGUUACAUGUGCAGAGAGCACACUGCACAAGCUAAAAAUAAAUAUAACCUUUUA